AUGCUGUCUAGAACGCAGAGUCAGGACCAGUUGAAUUUAUCAAAUCCAGCAUUAACUCAGCAAUUCUUAUCCAGCAUUCCUCAAAUCUCAAAAUUUAUAAAAGAUCAAUUUGAGAACAAUCCAGAUACUAUCCGGAACAUGAUUUCGUCAGUACUGGGAAAUGGUCUGAUCAGUCAUAUUAUUAAUCCUGAUCAACUCUUUUUUGGUUCUGAUAUCAGUACAGACGAACAAAAGGAACAACUUUUCAUUGAUGGACGUCCAGUAAAAGACGAAAAUCGAAUAAGAAAGAUCUACGAUAUCAACAGAGAUCCAAAUGAACCGGAAAGAAUGUACGUCGAAGAAAGAACGUAUAAUCAACAUAAUAAUUUCGGAAAAUAUAAUAACACCGAGCAGUUUAAAUUAUUGAGACCAGCUAUACAAACUACAACCUUUGCAACAAAUGAGUCACCUGCAUCAAACGCCUUAAUUGGUGCUGAUAUGAUUCUGAAAACUUUGAGUCAGUUUUUUGGAACUAAUUCCUUGAAAGAAGAAUCUGAAACUUCUGUUAAGAAUAUUGAAAACAAUAAGCCAACUACACAAUUUCAAAAAGAUUUACCACCAGUUGAUAUUUCCGGCAUUGAUUCUGCAUUUAAAUCGGAGGAAACAAAUGUUGAAAAUAUAUUGGAUUCUCUUAAAUUUCACGAGCCAAGAACACUUCUUCCGGAGGAAGUGAAAGCUUUGCAACAAUAUUUGAUACUGCAUGAACAGAAUAAGCAGACACGUGAACUCUUGAACAAACGACAACGGUUACGUGACAUUCAGGCGCAAUUGGCUGAACAUAAAAUUCAAAUUGAAGAACAAAAAUUCCGAGAAAAACAAUUGAAAAUGCAGGAAGCGCAAUUACGGGAGGAAAAGUUGAAAGUUGAAAACCAAUUACAAGAACAAUUCAAUAUGUGGCACCACGCAUUUGAUGUAAACCCCUCAUCAACAUUAGCACUAAAUAAUUUUGAUGAAAGAUCACCUCGUGUAAAGUUAAAUUCUCAUCACAAACACCAUUUACAUUACACUUUUGGCAACCAGUACUCAGAACCUUCAAAUUACUAUGAUUAUGCAAAUGAACCGGAUGAGUCUCCAGAUUAUGAAGCCCAUUAUUUUGCGAAUGAUCCUGAAGAAGAAUUUGCAUGGAAAUCACCUGCAUCACCAGAAAUUUCUGCUCAAACAGAAAGAGAUUUGUCAAAGUAUAAUUCCAAUCCUAUUUACGAUAUUUCUGAUGCAUCAACACUUACACCGAAUCUUCAUUCGAAUAUUUUACAAACUAAUCAUUAUUCAUCGAUCAUAUCACCUCUAAAUCGUACUUUUACAGACGGCAGGUGUGACUGUAUUGAAAUGGAUUUAAAGAAACUCAGAGGUCAUUGGGCUCAGCCAUUGUCAUCUGUUUCAUUGCAACAAGCGUUUCAGUAUGGUAUUGCCAAGCUGUUUACUGAUACCACUGAUUUCGUGCAGUUAGAAUGUUCAAGUAUUGAAUUCUUGCCCGCAGAAGAAAUGGAUCGCAUGCAAAAAGUUAAUUUCCUAUGGACAUUCAAAGUAGUGCAUUCAGAAGAGCACUAUCAAUUAACUGGUAAAAUUGUAGCAGGUGAUGACAGAGUUGUACAGAUGUUACUUAAUGAUUUUAGUGGUCAAAUCCAUCGUAUUCCUAUUUGUGUUUUGAAAACAGGUGAACAGGAAAUGAAUGACUAUGAAUAUAUGGUAGUUGUUAACGCUGAUGGGCCGUGCCGUUCAGCAGCCGUGCUUGUGCGAAAUCCUGGAACAUUCUUUGAAGAACCAAGCAGAGAGCUUCUAUAUUUUCUGCGGCAUAGAGUGACAGCAGAUGAGCUGGACCCAAUGGAUACACACUUGAAACCUUGUCCAACAUAA